UGUAGGAGACUAUAUAUUUUGGUGUUCGACUGGAAAAGACACUUGUCAGAAUUGUCUUGCUGGCUUAGUCUGCUGUAUUAAGUUUGAUGUCAUGUCUACUAAUGGCACAAAUUCUUCUCAUGUGGUGCCAUUUACUAAUGACACAAAUUCUUCUGCUAGUAAUGACAUAAAUUCUUUUUCAAAAAUUGCUUUAGCAUUUUUAAUGAGCUUACUAGCUUUUGCUAUAAUGCUAGGAAAUGCUGUGGUCAUUUUAGCUUUUGUGGUGGACAAAAAUCUUAGACAUCGAAGUAAUUACUUUUUUCUUAACUUGGCCAUUUCGGACUUCUUUGUUGGUGUGAUCUCCAUUCCUUUGUUCAUCCCUCACAAGCUCUUCAAGUGGCAGUUUGAAAAUAAGAUUUGUGUCUUUUGGCUCACUACUGACUACCUUUUGUGUACAGCAUCUGUGUAUAACAUUGUACUCAUCAGCUUUGAUCGAUACCAGUCAGUCUCGAAUGCUGUAUCUUACAGAGCUCAACAUACUGGGACCUUGAAGACUGUGGCUCUGAUGGUGGCCGUCUGGGUGGUGGCCUUCUUAGUGCAUGGGCCAAUACUAGUUUCAGAGGUUAGGAAGGAAUUGCAGGGGGAUUGUGAACCUAAAUUCCUUACACAAUCGCAUAUCCUUGCCCUCACGUUAAUCUUCGAAUUCCUGAUCCCAGUCUUGCUAGUGGCUUAUUUCAACAUGUAUAUUUAUUGGAGCCUAUGGAAGCGCGGUCAUCUCACUAGGGGGCAUUCUGGAUUCAUUUCUGUCCCUUCCAGUAGCAGCGGACGCUCAUUCAGGAAUGGACUGUUUUCGAGGCCAUCUCUUUCCAACCUGGAGCAAUCAGCAGCAUCCCUUCGUUCUGAGAAAUCAGGAAGAAAGAGCAGCCUCUUGUCUUCCGUAAGAGCCCAGAUGAAUAGUUUAACUGCUUCCAAAACGAGCUCUCUCUCUCAUUCAGAUUCCCUAACUCUUCACCAAAGGGAACACCUUGAGCUGCGCAGAGGCAAGAAACUAGCCAAGUCACUGGCCAUUCUUUUGGGUGUUUUUGCUAUUUGCUGGGCUCCCUACUCUCUGUUCACAAUUAUUCGUUCAUGUCAUGGCACACACUCAGAUCUCGAAAACGCUGUGUACGACUUCACAUUUUGGCUUCAGUGGUUCAAUUCCUUUGUCAAUCCUUUUUUGUAUCCCCUGUGUCACAAGCGUUUUCAGAAGGCCUUUUUGAAAUUAUUUCGUGUGAAAAAGCAGACCAUAUCAUCACAGAAUCGGUCAACAUCUUCUUAAAGAUAAUCAUUUUGCUUAUGUAAAUAUCAGUCUUGUUCUCACUUAAAUGAGUCUGGCUUUCAUCUUGCCCUUUCCAGUCUACUGAAAAAGUCCAUAAAAUUGUAACACUUGAAAACUUAAACAAACAAAUAAAAAACCCCUGGAACCUAGAAGUCAGUGGAAAAUUAUUCUGGUGAAUAACAACAGCAUCAUUAGAAACUGACAAUAAUAUUUUUGUAAACUCAGAGCCACAAAAGUACUAUGUUUUUCUUAGUCAUCACCUCUUCUUUGUCUUUAGAUCUUAAGAUAAUUUUGACUGUGAAAUUCAAAAAUUUUGGUUUUCUUUCUAUAUGUUCAGUGUUGCUACAGUCUUAAGUGAAUUUCCAUUUUUAUUUUACAGUGACGAAAACUCAUCACGUUUUAUGAUCAUUCCCUAAAGCAUACAGUAGGAAAAAGAGCUCUUUAGCCCUUUUUCCUGGGGGUGAGUAACUCUGUUAUGGUCACUGGGCAGGUGAAUUAAGGUUUGAGUCGGCAGAACAGGAGGUGAGGGUGCUCAGAUGAAAGAGCAGAGGGCAUGUGUACUUCCAGACUCUACAUUCCUCAUCUGAGAAAAGCAGGAAGUGUGGGAUGAUGGGGGAAAGAGGAGGUCACUGCAGCUCUUGAAGGUUCUCAAUGAAGUUAUCUUGGAGUCCCGGGCAAUCAUAGGAUGACAGGGUGAGGGAUAGGUAAUGGGUUGAAAGGAUGGCUUUCCCGUUUCCUUCCUGCCCCCUUCUCCUAACUUGCACAUCAGCUAAAACUUCUCCAUGAGAAAAUAUGAGAGAAUGAGAAAGGCUAAGAGAUGCAAAAGGACUAUAAGAUUAAACCUGAUGUAUCUGGUAUAACAUUCACAGAACUAGUAUGUGUCAAUAAUUAUGAAUCAAAUAUAUUUCUGCCUUUGAUGUUUUAACUCAUGUGCUCAAUAUUUUAUAUUGCAGUGCUCAGAGUGAUUACUAUGCAGCUAAUGUAGGUUAUACCUAACAUUUUAUUAGUCUGGUGACAUUUUGUUCUUUUUGUCAUUAUUAAUUUUUUUAUAGUGUUCUUUACCUG